AUGAGCGGUGGUGAUAAUCAAAAUGAAGUGAGCAAAUUACAACAACAUCUUGUUUUACUUCGUGAAGAAUAUGUUAAACUUCAACAAAGAUAUAAAACACUAGAACGAAACUAUAAUGUUCUUAAUUCAACAACAAAAAUAGAUCAAAAUUCGUUUGUAUAUCGUUUACUCAGAACUGUUGCCGAAUUAUUUAAUCGUGAACUUUAUAGUGAUAUAGCAAUUAAACUUGAUGGAGAAACUUUACGUGGCCAUCGAUUUAUUUUAGCAGCACGUAGUGUUAAAUGGGAUCCACAACAAUUAGGUGAUGCAACUGAACUUGAUUUAUCUGAUGUACCAUAUGAUGUUGGAUUUCAAUUGAUAAAAUGGGUUUAUGCCGAUGAAAUAGCUGAGAAACAAAAUGAAGAUUUUCUAUUGCAUUUAAUGAAAACAGCUAAACGCUUUGAAUUAAGAGAAUUAAUUGAUCAAUGUGAAGCUGCAUUAAUAUCAGCAAUAACAGUUCGAAAUUGUUUAAAAUUCUAUAAAGUAGCAGAAGAAAUUGGUGCACAAGUUUUACAUACACACUGCAGUCAAUUAAUUACUACACAUUGGAAUGAUUUUACAAGUGAAGAUUUUCAACAAUUACCUGCACCAAUGACAUAUAAAUUAUUUAAACAAAAAACUAAAUAUCCACUUCAUCAAGCAGUACGCAUGAAACGUGAAGAUGUGCUUUUUCUUUAUUUGAUUGAUAAUGAUGCAGAGUUAGCCCAACGUGUUAAUGAACUUGAUGAUCAUGGUGAAUUAGCACUUGAAUUAGCAUUAACAACAAAACAAGAUAGUAUGGCGGAAAAUCUUGUCCGUCAUCAAGCAGAUAUUAAUCAUAUUGAUGCUGAAAAUCGAACAUUACUCCAUUUAGCUAUUAAACGAGGUGAUGAACAUUCUGCAACAUUUCUUAUUAAACACGAUUGUUUACUGAAUCAUCAAACAAAUGUUGCACGUGAAACACCAUUACAUUUAUUAAGUGGUCUUAAUCCUACUGAAUUACAAUCUGGUAUUAUGGCUGGAAUGUGUCGGGUAGCAGAACUUAUGCUUGGACAUAAUGCUGAUACAAAAAAACAAGAUGCAAGAGGCAAUAAUUGCCUUCAUAGAGCAAUACUAGCUAAUAAUAUGCAUGUCUUUCGUGAAUUAUUAAAAGCACCGAAAUUAGCAUUGGAUGAUAGAAAUAAAGAUGAUCAUGUACCUUUGUGGCUAGCACUUCAACAAGCUGAACAAUUACAUAUUAGCUUUGAUCAAGAAACAUUUGCAAGUUUACUUGUUGGUCGUGGUGCUAGCGUAGAUGCUAUCGAUCCAAAUUCAAAUGAAUCCAUUUUACAUAAAUGUGCUCGUCAUCAUUAUCAACAAGCUGGACUUUAUUUAAUAAAAAAAGGUACAAUAAUAAAUCAUGUUAAUAAACAAGGUGAAACAGCUUUACAUCUAACAUCUCAAUUUUGUUUGGAACAAUUUACAAGAGCAUUACUUGAAAAUAGUGCUAAUCCAAAUAUUCAAACUUAUCCAGCGGCAUCGUUUAGUGAUGCAACAAACUCCAUUGUUGGUCUUCAAACGCCAAUUCAUCGCGCUGUUUAUGCAUCACAAGAACGUAUACUUGAGAUUUAUAUUCAAUUUCGUGAUAGAAUUACGGAUGAACUUUUAAAGCCAAAUUUCAAUAUUCAAGAUGAACAUGGUCAAAGUAUUUUUUCAUUAACGCUUUGGAUGAAUAUGUUACCAAUAGCCAAACAACUUUUACAGAUUCGUCAUGCAAAAUUAGAAAUAAAAGAUUGUGAACAAACACCAUUAUUAGCACAAGCUAUUAGUAAACAAAAUGUUCAAGCAUCAUUAUUUUUACUUGAACAAGGUGCUGAUGUUAAUGAAAAAACGCAUGGUUUAUCACCGAUACAACUUGCUGUGAAACAUCAUCUACCGUCUGUAGUUGAAGCACUUUGCCGUAAUGGAGCAAAUAUGAACGUUGUUGAUGAAAACGAUAAUAGUGUUUUAUGGAAUGCAUUAGAUUCGGGCCAAGAAGACAUAGCUUCAAUACUUGUCAAAUUUGGUUGUGACAGUACACAAUGGUCAAAUGGACCUGAUAAUUGUCGGCAAACUCUCUUACACAGGGCAAUCGAUGAAAAUAAUGAAAGUGUCGCUUGUUUUCUAAUCCGAAGUGGUUGUGAUAUUAAUUCUUCUCGUCAGUCUGGUGUAAACGGUGAAGCACCUGAUAUAUGCAAAACUCUUGAAAGUCCUUUACAUCUUGCGGCUCAAUGGGGUCUGGAACGAGUUGUCUCGGCAUUAAUUGAAUAUCAUGCUGAUAUAAAUAAAAAAGAUGCUGAAGCUAAUACUCCAUUACAUGUUGCAAUCAUAAAUCAACAUACAGCUAUAAUAAAUCUAUUACUUAAUGCACCAAGUUUAGAUCUAACCAUACGUAAUAAACAAAAUCAAACGCCAUUCGCUUGUUCGAUGGUAGCGAAAAAUAACGAAGCUGCAAAUCUUAUUUUAAAACGGGAACCACGAGCAGCUGAACAACUGGAUAAUAAAGGUAGAAAUUUUCUUCACGUCGCCGUACAAAAUGGUGAUAUCGAAAGUGUUCUAUUUUUACUAACUGUUCAUGUUAAUGUUAAUAAUUGUGUACAAGAUGCUAGUAAAUUUACGCCACUUCAUUUAUCUGUACAAAUAGGAAGUGAAAUUAUUCUUCGAAAUUUAAUACUUGCAGGUGGAAAGAUUAAUGACGUUACAGCUAAUAGUCGAUCAGCUCUACAUAUUGCAGCAGAAAAUAAUCGCGCUGCUAUUUGUAAUAUUCUUCUUGAAAAUCAUAUUCAGGCUAAUUUAGUUGAUGCUAAUCAAAAUACUGCACUCCAUCUGGCUGUUCAACAUGCUCAUGCCGAUGUUGUACGUUGUCUAUUAGCAGAAUCUGAUAUUGAUGAGUUGGCAACAAAUGCUAAAGGAAUGAACUGUCUUCAUGUUUUAGCAGCUAAUAGUAGAGAAAAUGCUCAAUUUAUAUUUGAACAAAUUCUAAAACGUUAUCCAACAUUUCCUCUUGAUAUUCAAGAUGCACAAGGAAAUACAGCUCUCUUAUUGGCUUAUAAAAAUGGUCAUGGCCAAUUAUGCCGUGCUCUUGUAACAGCUGGUGCUAAUUUAAGUAUUUGUAAUAACGACUCACUAUCAAUAUUUACUAGUCCGGCACCAAGCAAAGCUUUACUUGUUAAUAUUCUUGAUAUUAUUACUCGUGAACCACCAUGGGGUGAAGGUGAGACUUGUUUAGAAUGUGGAACAAAAUUUACAAUAACAAAUCGAAGACAUCAUUGUCGACAUUGUGGUCGAGUUUUAUGCAAACGAUGUUCUGUUAAUGAAUUACCUAUUAUGAAAUUUAAUUUGCAAAAACCAGUAAGAGUUUGUCAAUUGUGCAAUGAUGUUUUAACACACGGUGUAGCGGCAGCUCGUUGA